AUGGUCGACACAAAAGACCAAGGUCCAUAUUAUCGAAUAAGUGAUACAAAAAAUGCUGAUUUAUUACGUGAACGCCAAUCAGCAACAUUUGAUGUUGAAGAACUUACACAAUUUAUGUUUGCUGGUCCAAAUAAUUAUUUUAAUGUUAAUAUACGACGUCAAAUUACUCGUCAAGCCUAUGCGUAUCCAAUCCAUAAAACGCAUUUGCCAUUGGAAUAUCUCGAUAGUGAUGAAUAUUAUUCUGUUGUUAUUCGUAAAAGUUUCGCAGGUGUUAAAGAAGCUGACCGUUUAAAUAUAACAAAUAAAAAAUAUCGUGAUUGGUUUUUAAAUAUUUUCUGUGGUGGAAAAUUUGCUUUUCAACUACAUACAAGUAUGUUUAUUCAUACACUUGAAACAUUGGCUAGUGAUGAACAAAAAGAAAAAUUUUUACCACUGGCACGUUCAUUUCAAAUAAUCGGUACCUAUGCUCAAACAGAAUUAGGUCAUGGCUCAAAUUUACAACGGCUUGAAACGGAAGCUGUUUUCGAUCGUACAACCGAUUCAUUUAUACUUAAUAUGCCAACAUUGACUGCCACAAAAUUUUGGCCUGGUGCAUUAGGUCGAUCAUCAAACUAUGUUUUACUUAUGGCACAAUUAUAUGCACCAGAUCGACAUCAUCCAUGUGGUUUACAAAUGUUUUUUGUUCAAAUACGAGAUUUAAAAACACAUCAACCAUUACCAGGAGUGGAAGUCGGAGAAAUUAGUACUCGAUUUUUUCACGAAGCUGGUGACAAUGGAUAUCUUCGCUUAACUAAUGUACGCAUUCCACGAAACCAAAUGCUGACGAAAUUAGCUUAUGUAGAUGAACAAGGUACUUUUCAUCGUCUUGCUGAUCCUCGUCUACUUUACGGAGCAAUGCUUGCAACACGUGUUAACCUUUGUGCAUUUUUUGCACUUUUACUUGCACGUGCUGUUACAAUUGCUGUACGCUACUCAGCUGUUCGACGUCAAGGUCAAACUCCAAGCGGAAAGGAAACACUUAUUCUUGAUUAUCCAUUACAGCAAGAUAAAUUGGUACCAUGUAUAGCUUCAACUUACGCAUUUUUUUAUUCGUUUAUGAAACUGGAAAACCUACGCGCACAAAUUUUAGACGGAGAUACUAUCUUAUUCGAUCGACUAGCGGAGCUUCAUGCUGUAUCAUCUGGUUUAAAAGCAUAUUCAUCAGGAAUAGCUGAACGAUUCAGUCAAAUAUGUCGUGUGGCUUGUGGCGGUCAUGGAUAUUUAGUAGCUAGUGGAAUAAAACCUGUUAAUAAUAUGCUUGAUGCAGGAUGCACUUAUGAAGGUGAUAAUGCUGUUUUAUUUCAACAAACAGCGAGAUUUCUUGUCAAAGCAAUUCAAAAAGACGAUGAUGAAAUGAAUAUUGACUCAUCGAUUGCUUAUUUAUUUUCAACAAAACCAGCUCCAGCAGCGAUUGUUGAUCUUGAUGAUUACUGUCGCUUAUUUGAAUGUCGGUCACAAAUGCUUUUAAAAUCAAUUUCUAAUCGAUUAAUGGAAUCAUCGUCACCAUCAUCAACACCGCAUGAUAUAUUUGUAAAAAAUUCCAUCGAGCUCGUUCAUGUGGCUAAAGCUUAUAUUGAAACAUUCGUUUUACGAGCAUUAUAUGAUGGUGUACGUAAAGCAUUGGGACAUAAUUCGUUAGCUUUAGUUUUUGAACAGCUUUUUCAUGUGUUUGCUAUUCAUACUUUAAGAAAUCAAGCAGCCGAUUUUAUUCGAUUAAAAUUACUUACAGCUGAACAAGUUUAUCAAUUAGAAACUUACAGUUUACCGGACAUGUACAAUCGUCUUCGACCAAAUCUUGUUACACUCGUUGAUGGUUUUGAUUUUCAUGAUAAUGAACUUAAUUCCUGCCUUGGUCGAUAUGAUGGUCAAGUAUAUGAAGCACUAAUGGAACGAGCACGACUUAAUCCAACCAAUCAGCAUAAAGUUCAUCCUAUUUGGACAUCAAUUAGACAAAAUCCAACGUCGAAACUCUAA